GACCGGAGGGUCUCACUUAUCUCAGGAACCAGUCCGGAACCGGAUCUAAGCGCGUGCUGAGCGGUACUCUUCGCGCGGGACAUGAACCCGGUAUCAUAUAUGUUUUCAGCUCGGUUCGGACUCGUUUCUGAUCCAGAAGACUCUGGUCUUUAUUAGAAGAAACAGCUUAAACUGGACCUCAGCCCGGUCCGGUCCGGACCCAGGAGCUCAGCAAGGACCCGAACCACCGGACCCUAAAUCCCAGAGGCUUAAAACUGUUCCAGUGGGACCGAACCGGAACCAACCUGGACCGGAGCCAAUCAAGCAUGACCCCCCCACCCGUCAUAACCACGCUGACAUGCGCAAUCCGCUGAUCGGAACCAGCCGCAUAUUUGACCGGAGCCGCUCCUCCUCCCGGAUCAAUUCAGCCUGAUGAUCCGACCGAAACCGGGUCAGGAUGUCCCGCCGGAAGCAAGCCAAGCCGCGGCAGCUCCGCUCGGAGGAGGAGGCGAACCGGAGGACGGAGGCCGAGCGACCGCUGGCCGCCCGACGACGACGCAGCAACGAGGAAACUCACAUCUGUGAUACGUGCUGCUCUGAGUUCUUCUCCUGGACUGAACUGAGCAAACACCAGAAGGUCUGCUCCGACGUUCCCACGGCGCUCGUCAGGAAGGACGACCUGACCGAGGACUCGGCUCUGGAGCCGUCUCCGGCUCCCAGCGAGGCGUCCAGCGACUCAUCUGCAGCAGAGUCUACAGACGCUGGCUUCGAGCUGACCAACGACAACGACAGUCUGGAUAAUUUAGAGGAUGAGAGGGAGUGGGAUGAGUCCAUGGAGCUGGGGCCUUCCCAGAGGGACAAAGUCACUUCCAGCCCUCAACGUCUGGAUUGCCCCGAGUCCCCGUCCUCCCAGGCAUCGGCGACAGGCAGCCACAGCCUCCCGAGCACCAACGUGACCCUGGAGAUCCUCCACAGCACCAGGGUGGCAGUGGCGCAGUUCUCCCAGGGCAUCAAAGGCACCGGCCCGGGAGGAAAAGCAGCUUCCGCCGCCAUCCCGGUGAUCCUGGAGCACCUGCUGGCUCUGCAGCAGCAACAGGUCCACCAGCUGAAGCUCAUCGAGCAGAUCUGCAGCCAGGUGGCCGUCAUGAACCGGCAGCCGACUCAGGCAGCGUUAAACCCAGCGUCCAGGUCUCUGUCUCUGCCGCCCAAUCCCUUCCCCUCUCCCGGAAUCAUCCCUCCUCCCAUCCUGCCUCUGUCGGGAACGAUGCCAUCUUCCAUUAAUGGACAGGCUGCUGUCUCUUUGUCCUCUGUGGUUGAAAAGCCUCACAGUGUCCCCUCACAUUCUGGAUGUGGGCAGUCCAAGUUUCCCUCUUCUGAACACUCGUCUCCGUCUAACGGCACGCCGCUGCCUCCGUACGGCAGCAGCGCCCUCACUCCCAGCCCCUGCAGCCCCCCGACUCCCACACCAGGAAGCCUCCUCAGCUCCUCCUCCAGCCUCACCUUUCUACCUCAGAGCCCCCCCAGCAGCAUCCUUUUCCCCAGCCCCCUGGCGAGCACCGCAGCCACGGCCAGCGCCCUGGACCCUCUGGCCGCCCUGAUCAAGCAGAGGAACGCCAAACUUCCCAGUGCGCCGCUGUUCGAGCCGAAGCCCAGCUCCGAGGAACCCUUCUUUAAGCACAAAUGUCGUUUCUGUGCCAAAGUGUUUGGCAGCGACAGCGCUCUGCAGAUCCACCUGCGCUCCCACACCGGGGAGCGGCCCUUCAAAUGCAACAUCUGCGGGAACCGCUUCUCCACCAAGGGGAACCUCAAGGUGCACUUCCAGAGGCACAAAGACAAGUUUCCUCUGGUUCAGAUGAACCCCUUUCCUGUGCCUGAAUACCUAGACAGUGUGCCAACCAGCUCCGGGAUUCCCUAUGGAAUGUCUAUCCAUCCGGAGAAACCCGUCUCCUCCUGGCUGGACAGCAAGCCGGUGACAGCGGCUCUUCCUGCCAGCGUGGCUCCUCCUCCGUCCCCCGCCAGGCUCGGAGGCUCUGAUGAUCCUGCAAGUGGAACGGCAUCUGGGAAGUCUCCCGAUCGGAUCGCUCUGGGCGAAGGUGUGCCUGUGUCUAACUCAAGAGGAAGCGGGACUGGGUUCUCUCCCGUUUCAGAGUGGAACCGGAGGGUGGAGGUGGUGCAGCCGCCCCCGAGCUGCACCCUGACCUCCAGCAGGGCCCCCACACCUGAACCCAACACCUCAGCAUCUCCACCCUCCAGCCCUCCUCCAUGCUCACGCUCAGCCAGCCUCAUGGACUGUGUGCAAACAUCGGAAACCUCCAAGCUCCAGCAGCUGGUGGAGAACAUCGACAAAAAGAUCUCGGAUCAGAACCAGUGUGGCGUGUGCCGCCGCGUCCUCAGCUGCCAGAGCGCGCUGAAGAUGCACUACCGCGUCCACACAGGCGAGAGGCCCUUCAAGUGCAGAGUGUGUGAUCGAGCGUUCACCACCAAAGGGAACCUGAAGACUCACAGUAGCGUUCACUGGGAAAACUCGCCGGUUCUGGUGCGGCACUCCUGUCCCAUCUGCCAGAGGAAGUUCACCAACGCCGUGGUUCUCCAGCAGCACAUCCGCCUACACAUGGUUGGUCCGGUCUCAGACUCAGCUGGGCUGAACGGUCUGCCGGAGGUGGACAACUAUGACAGUAUCAGCAGCACUGAUGUAUCGAUGGAGGAGGAGGAGGAGGAGGAGGAGGAGGAGGAGGAAGGAGAGAACAUGGAGGAUGGAGGACAUGGUCCUACAGCUGACUGUAGACCUCCUCCUAAGGCUUCACCAGCAGCUCUAGAGAACCAAACUAGGAUGUUGGACUCAAGCAUGGGUCUAAAUCUCAGCGUGACUGUAAAACCUCCACACAGGCUCAGAGAGAACAUCCUGCUCCGCUCUGAGGAGCGCUCCCCAGAGAAGGAGGUAGAGGACCUCCAUGAAAACGGUCUUCAUGUGUCUGAGUCCUCCAGCUCGCCUCGUUUAUCAGCGUCUCCUCCUCAGAAUGUCUCAGAGAGCUCCGCCGCGGGCAACGGGCUAGAAAGCCACCAGCUUCUGUUCGGCUCAGUGAAGAGGGAGCCGGCUGAGUCUCCAACAUCUGGAGCUUCUGCUCAGGAAGUGAGAGGAGAGCUGAGCGUGAAGGUGGAGAAUCCGCACUCAUCGUUCCAGCUGAGCCGAGACAGAGCUGCAGGUCAGAACAUCUCCAGCCUGAUCAGCAGCGCCUCCACAGGAACCGUCAAAGCUGAGGUGAACGGCGUGAUGGAAGCCCAGCCGCCUCCUGUCAGCGCCGCUGCCGUGUACCCGGCCCCCAGCAGCCCCGGCGUGGGCCCCCUGCUGGGCCCCGCGCCGCCCCGGCGGACGCCCAAGCAGCACAUCUGUCACGUCUGUGGGAAGAACUUCUCAUCGGCCAGCGCCCUCCAGAUCCACGAGCGCACGCACACCGGAGAGAAACCCUUCGUCUGCUCCGUCUGCGGGAGAGCGUUCACCACGAAAGGCAAUCUAAAGGUCCAUAUGGGAACCCACAUGUGGAACAACGCCCCGGCCAGGAGGGGCCGGCGCCUCUCCAUGGAGACCCCCAUGGCCCUGCUGGGGGGGGAGGCCCUGAAGUUUGGGGAGGUGUUUCAGAAGGACCUGGCCGCCCGAGCCAUGAGCGUCGACCCGGGGUUCUGGAGCCGCUACGCGGCGGCCAUCACCAGCAGCCUGGCUAAGAACAAUGAGAUCUCGGUGAUCCAGAACCGGGGGCUGGCGCAGCUUCACCCCCUGAGAGCCUCUGGAGGGCCCGGGGCGGGCCUCAACACGGCCGGCGUGGAGCUGGGAUCUAACCGACACUUUUCUAUGCUGCUCCACGACAGCAAAGACAUCGGAAUCAAUUAAAAAAACGCAGAUUUUGAUGGAAUUUAUAUGCAAAUUAUUAUGAACAUUAAAAUAUUUGUGCAGCUCGUUAAAAGACUUUGAUAAAAACUUGAUCAGUUGUGACAGAUUUCAGCCGUUCGUGAACGUUUUCUACAAAGGGAAGAAGUUUCCUUCAGAGCUGGCUGCUGCUGUCUGCUGGUGCAAAGCUCAGAGAGUCUCGUUGUUCACGCUCUAACGUUGUUCUGUAAUAAAAACCGGAGAACACGGUG